AUGGCUUUGACAGUGAAGAUGCAGCGGGUCAUUUCAGAUGGCAAGCAAGAUCUUGUGCUUCCUCAAAAAGAGGUGUCGGGCUUGGAGUUCGUUUGCUUGGAGAAGUGGAACCGGCAGCUCGUUAAAAUGCUGACAGGAAAGGCCCUGGACCUUAGGCCGGGGAAGGCUGCAGCAUCCGGCAGUCUCAGCUCGAAGGUUUGGGGGGAGAUCGUGGAGCAGCGACAGAAUGUCGCCAACCAAAAGCUCCAGGAAGCCCUCGAGGUUGAGGUCAAAGAUAAUACUGCCAAUGGUGCCCGAAAAAAGCCUAAGGCAGUGAGGGCAAACAGCAAGCACAUGAUUAUGCUGCCAGAAGUGCUCGACAUCGAAUGUCGCGAACGUGGCCUCAAAGUCUUGAUUGAGGGGAUCAACACCCAGACCAUUUGGAUGCACUUCACAGAUGCAGAGGAAGCGAAGCCUCGGGUGACACGACGAUCCGGCAGCAAGAAGCGAGCCCGGGGUCACAGCAGCGACGAGGAGGCCGAGGACGGCGAGGUUGAUGGGGAACAGAAGGACGAAGACUAUUGA